CGCAAUGGCGGACCCGGAGCUGGAGGCUAUUCGCAGGCAGCGCAUGGCAGAGCUGCAGAGUAAACAUGGGGAUGCUGUAAAUGAUCAGUCUCAACAAGAAGCCAAACAAAGAGAAGAUGACAUGAGAAAUAACAUUUUAGCUCAAGUUCUCAGCCAGGCAGCACGGGCUAGGUUGAAUAAUCUGGCACUCGUUAAACCUGAAAAAGCCAAAGCUGUUGAGAAUUAUCUUAUACAAAUGGCAAGAUUUGGACAGCUUGGUGGCAAAUUAUCAGAGGAAGGAUUAAUAGAAAUUUUGGAAAAAGUGAGUCAGCAGACAGAAAAGAAGACUACAGUAAAGUUUAACAGAAGAAAAGUGAUGGAUUCAGAUGAAGACGAUGACUGAAUAAUCAAUUACUGAGAUGUUAAACACGAGGCCUUUGAUGUGACUGAGCUUUCAAGCACUGCAUGCAUUUUAAGACAGGCACUGAAAUCCUUUACGUUACAAAAAUGACUGAAAAAGACAUUGCCUUUUUCUAAAUCUAACAUUUUUUGGUAAGCAAAAAGAAAGCAAGCGGACCUUCUUUUAAAAGGUCCUCGUGUAAGGUUAUCAAACCGUUUAUAUGUUAAAUUAUUUGAACAGCAUACAUAAUUUUCCACUUUUGUUAUAAAAAUUCAGGAACUGUUUUAGAUUUGUUUUUCUGAGAACGUGUGAAUGUGACAUACAUUUAAAAACAUAUUUUCGACUCCGUAAGGAUUAUGUGCCAUUACAUCCAAAGACAAUAAAGGUUACAUUUUGUGUUGUUCUGGGCC